AACGAAACUGGAGUGAGCAACCGAUGUUAGGAGGAGAGCUGUGUCCGUGACCAUUGUACGUGAGGAGUAUUUAUGAGGUUUUGGCUCUUGCGUAGGAUGUUUCAUUAGUGUACCGGCUACUCUUAAAUGGCUUAAAACAAUCCUUGCUAUUUAUAACUCUGGAGACUUUUGUUCUUCCUUGGCGGUCGAGCAUUGCUGGAUUUGGAGUCAACAUCAAGAAGCGUCAGACAUGCACUUUCUUGGAGUUAUUGUCGGCGUCUUUCUGCCUGUUUUAUGCAACUUAUCGCUGGGGUUUCCUGUACCAGUAGCUCCUGCUCCAGCUCAUGACAUGAAGGCUACAGUAACAUUUAAAUUCCCUCUUCUUUUGAUGAAUUGCCUCCCAUUAGAUGCCAUCAUAGUGCAGGUCCAGCAGUGGGGAGUGGUGGGUGCUCACCAGGUCGUGGAGCAGGUCCUUCUCAAUGGAGUCUCUCUUACUGGAAAAAGCCAGGAAGUUGACAGCAUUAUCCAAACCAUGUCAGCUGAUGCCCUCCUGCCGACUCUUAUCAGGGUCAACCAGACUUCCUUACUGAGAAACCACACUGUCCUUCGUUCUCGUGAAUGCAUACUCGAGGGGUCUCAGCUGCACUGGACCGACCGUGUGUUCUAUGACGGGAACGUCUAUCUUACUCUGGACCACACUGAUACAUGGACGGCCCAUGUGCCACAAGCCCUGGCUUUCAAAGUGUUGUGGGACCAAGAAGCACAGCGCACAAAGGCAGAAAUGACCCGCUUUCAGGAGGGAUGCAUCAAGCUGAUGAGCGAACUGAAGCUUUCUCAGGAGCAGUCAGAUCAAGGGAAUCCUUUGCCUCAGUUUCUGAUCCCAAUCUUGGCACUUCUGGCAUUAACAGGACUGAUCAUAAUCAGCCUGCUCCUCUCCAAAAACCAGGGUUUGAGGCACCCCGGAGGUGUUGUUGGCUCAAUUAUACAUUACCCCAAAGACAUGACUGAAACGGCUCCAGAAAUAAGGAGCGACGGUUACCAAACCUUGUAAUUCAAAGCUGCUGAUUAACAGGGUCACGUUUGAGCUCUCUUCUCCAUUACUGCUGCUGAAUGUCCAAAUACAGAUUUAACACUUUUCCCUCUGUGUAUGGGAAGUGUUUCUGCAGGAAUAUAACCAAAAACCUUUGCUAUGUUACCAACAGCCCACUGUAUUAAACGCAUGUGAUCUGGAUUCCAGGCCGCAUUACUUUAUGCACUUUAAUGCAUGUAUCAUACUUUACGCUGGUGCUUUUAUUGCAUAUACUUUUUUAUAUUUGUGCAUGUAUGUAUACACACACAAAGUAGUGUAAACACAUUUCUGCAGCAACGUACAAGCUUUUUAGACACAUAAUAACGGUGGGCAAAUGUUUUCACCAGCCAUUAUCUCUGGACUAAGCUAUACAAGUAAAUAACUGUGUAAAUAUAAUGAAAAUGUUUUGUUUUAAGCACAAAGAAUGUCACACACUGUCUUGUAGUCUGUAGAUAAAGCCCUGCUGAAAUCAAGUGUUUGGUCACUGAGAGUCAGGUCGCAGUGAAACUCUGCCAAAUGCUGACUGACUGACGUCUGUAAGUGUGUCCAGUAAUCAAUAAUGUGUUGUUUGGUUUAAGAUACUGUCCUGAUGGUUUUAAUAUUUCUUUGUCAUACUGUUCAUUGUUUUUUUUUCCCUAACAUUUCUCCAUGUAAAGUUUUAAAUAAUUCAAUUAAAGAUACAUUUAUGGUAUAGAA